CGAUAUCAUCUCGAUCGACAGUCUGGACGACCGCCAUGGUGCGGCUGGUCUUUGAAGAGAAAACCUCACAUCGCUAGCGCAUUUCCGUUGGCCUCCUUCGCUAACUGCAAGUAAAUCUUUCCGAUAGCAGGUGCUAUCGGAAAGAUCACUAUUCCUAAAUUAGCUUUGAGUGCUCCUAGCCUCUAGGGUUGCACAUUGCUGAGAAACCAUCUCCCUUGCAGCACAUCUUAUUCAGGCUAUUCCAAACCGAACCAGCAGACCACCCACAUUCACUGCUACUUUUUGCCCCAGAGAAACUGAUUUUCUUCUUGGUUCCAACUUCAUUCACUAUACAAUGCGUCAAAAUGCCUUCGCUUGAUCAUGCUGUGUGUCUUAUGAAUCCUUCAGAUAUUCUGCAAUCAGAGCCAUUAUUGCAGCUCUUCGAAGCCUUCUUUGUUCAGGGGCCGUUAAACGAUUCUUUGAAACUGCUCCAGCACCUGACUGAAGUGUGUCAGUCUCUUCCUACCUCACAGCCUUCUCGACUAGCUUGUCUGCUUCCUUCUCUGCAGCCUCCGCUUUCUCCAGGAAUUCCUUCGCUUCUUCCGCCGCGGUCUUCUCUACAGGGCCCUUCGCGUUCUUCACCCCAAUCUUCCUUGCCUAAACCACAGCCUCCUUUCAGCUCAGAGACCUUUCGACGACUUUCCCGAAAUGAGCUGGAACAUAUUGCCCGUGAAUAUUUCACAAAGGAGAAGGGAAUUAAGAAUAAAAAUCACCUUAACCUUCUCGUUGAUGCCUCAACACAAUUUGUUAAACUCGAGCCUGUACACGAUACAAGCUUUACUGACUGUUUCUGGGGAAGCAAUGAUGAAAUCUUCCCGGAUAAACCUAACACCGAACCAAAUUGUCGGCUUGAAGAGGGUGCGGAAAGAAUUGAGCAACGCGAGGCUACAAAUACUGCUGCGAGGCGUCUCAUCCUUCUUUAUAGGCAUCAUCUUAUUGAGGAGAGACAGUUUCAAGUUGAAGAUUUUGAAUUAGAACAAGGUAUAGGGAAAGCAACUAUCGCCCUACGUCAAUAUGCGCACGGAGUGAAAAGGAGCAUCGACACCGUCAAAUUUGACCUAGGUCGAAGUCGUCAUUAUCUUAAACUACUCGAAAUUGCCGGCCCGGGCAAUGUGCUAUUUCUGAAUGGCACAGCAACAACGUGGGAGAGAUCUCUGAAAGCGGGCGACCCUAAAUGCAUAGUUGAUUUUCGAGAUAAAAUGUUUCCCUUUCUGAAGAGGAGCUUCCAAAACCGUGACCUUGAAGGCGCGAAACUUAUAAUCGACGGCCUUCUGAAAAUUGGAUGGUCCUAUGAGGAGCUUUCGCGGGGCCGGGGAAGACUCAUGAGCGCGUUGUUUCGCUACUUGAACAAAGAAGACCUUACGGCAGGAAAGAUUGUUUUACGAGAUGAUGAAAUGAGUGGACUAAAACGACGCCGUCUCGAUCGCACAUCCAGUGCAAAACGGCCAUGCCCCGGCUUGCAAGCAAAGAUUUCCAAGGAACAUCAAUCCCACGCGACUAAUGAGUGCCAAAAUGUACCCAGUGAUGGGAGUUCUCGAGCUGAUGCCUUCGUGUACCACAUGUCAAUGCAAGUUCUUGUGGCAGCAGCAACUUCGGUAGCUUCGACUCACGACAGCGCAAAACAACAGAAUAUUGAUACAAUGCACCGAUCCCCUCCUCCACCUCCUGCUGGUGCUGGCUUUACGUCCUCGCCUGUUCCAUCACCCAAUCGUAUGGCGGAUUCGAGAACUAUCACAGAGGCUUUACCGAUCGCAGCUGAAAACGCACAUAAUGGUUCCAACGUAGUGGCUGAUGGCCACCAAGAUAUUGCGCAGAAUCGCGCUGACGGCGAUAUUUCAUAUCCACUACCGUUCAACAUCGAGGAGAUAAGGACGUCACAACUCGAUUUUAGCCUGCUGUCUAGUGUAACAAGUUUUGGGGAAAUUGAACAAAACAAAGUUACAGCCAGACAAGACAUGAAUGGAACAGAGACUUUCCAGUCAGAUGGGGUGGACCAGUGCCUACCACAAAUUGAAGCCCUUCCAGCGGCGGACGUCGAUGAUACACAUUCACUGCCGUCCUUAGAUAUCAAUAAUGGGGAUCCGCUGCCAACCUAUUAUGAUGUUGAUAGUGAUGAAUGGGUGCUGCCGCCGUUUGAUGUUGAUAGUGAUGAAUGGGUGCUGCCGCCGUUUGAUGUUGAUAGUGAUGAAUGGGUGCUGCCGCCCUUUGAUGUUGAUGGGCAAAAUUUGCCGGAAUAUCUUUCCCAGAGAUAACAGGCUAUUCCUGAUCCCCGGAAUCGUGGCCACUUUCCUGCUUUGGCUUGCCCUUUGAUAUAACCAAGAAAUCCGUCGCAAGUUCAACACGUACUUCCUUUCUUAUUGUGAUAUACUCUCCGACUUGAACGGGGAUUGAGUCAACUGUUGCAGCUUCCCCAUGUACACGGAUAGGGUGUAUAUGAGCCACUCCGCCAGACGCGAGUAUACGGGCAUAUUUGGAUCCAGGUACUCGAAAAACACGCUGCCGAGUUUCGGGUUCUUCCUUUUAACGCAAUCCUGUGAGCUACGAAUCGCCAUAUCAAGCAGUCAAACGCACCAAUUUUUCAACAUAUCGACUCAGUUUGUCAUCCAACAUCGCAUCGAUACACUCGUAUAACGCUCCUCCUAGGUGUUCCCAUCGAAUAUCAUUUCCGCCUAUCCAUUCCGCCACUAAUUCCAGUUCUUUUUUCGCGGACUCGGAAGGUCGUUUUUUCUUAAGGUGGUCUGUUUGAGCCAUUUUCAGCGACUGAUUAUCAUGUUAGCUUUGUCCAAGAUAUAGCAAAAGCCCUUGGGCACUUACAUAAUAUUAUAAAUAUGUCUUCUGUCCCCCAAAAUAUAGAACCGAUCUGAGUGUUGAAGAUUGUCAAUCACAACUCUCAGCCCCGCGAAUUCAAGGCGGUGAGCCGAGCCGGCAAUAAAAUAUGCCAUGUGAUCUCGAUAUGACCAAUGAUCUC